ACUAGUAUUGGACCAGGAGAAUGGACUGAUAGACAAUAUAUUACAUCUCAAAUACAUAAGUGAUCUAAUAUACUUUAAUUUUCAUUAUUUUAUUUUAGCUGUCAUUCAAACCUUUUCUAUAAAAAGCUCAGUUCUACAGCAGUGAGGGCUGAGUGGGGUUCAGUUGCUGGAGCUAGUGAUUAUACUGUCUAUUAUGAGUCAACCAGUAGCUCCUCAAGAAAGAAGAGACUAGUAGAGACAGGAAUGAGAGUAUUCCCAGGUGAUACUACUGAAGGUCUAAUAGGAGGAUUAGAUCCUAAUCUGAACUACUCAUUCUCUAUAUCUAUAUCAUUUAAUGUUAAUGGAAUCAUUUAUGAAGGAGAGAGGACUCAACCAAUACCACCAGGUUUUAUCUUAACAUUAUCAACAACAAUUACUUAUUCUACUGAAACUACUCCAUUGACUACUGCUUUGACUACUGUAUUAGUCAAUAUCGGAGCAACUACUGGAGUGAUAGUUGGUUCAAUUGUAGUUCUUACUGUAUUAUUAGUACUGGCUAUAAUUAUAAUUAUUAUAAUGGUACUGGUUAUGUACAUAAAAUUAGCAAUCAGAUUAUGA